CGCAUGGUCGCAGCGGGAACUAUUGACCAAUAGCUGACUGAAAGACGUGGCUCUGGUGCUAUUUAUUUUACUGUUGAGAGGCAGUCUUUGCUUGCCUGACGCAGUACACACUCUUCACUGAAAUUCAAGCGUGCCGUCUAAAAUUAUUCUGCAAGAUGUCUAAAGACAUUCCGCGUGAACCCGAGCAGCUUCGCAAACUGUUUAUCGGGGGAUUGAGCUUUGAAACCACAGAUGAUAGUUUGCGGGCCCAUUUCGAACAAUGGGGGAGUCUCACUGACUGUGUGGUCAUGAGAGACACAAACAACAGGAGAUCCAGGGGUUUUGGCUUUGUCACCUACUCAUCGGUACAGGAGGUUGAUGCUGCCAUGGCUGCACGUCCGCAUAAGGUGGAUGGAAGAGUGGUUGAACCCAAACGUGCCGUCUCCAGAGAGGAUUCCAACCGACCAGGCGCUCAUGUAACGGUGAAGAAAAUAUUUGUCGGCGGUAUUAAAGAAGACACUGAGGAAUCGCAUAUGCGUGACUACUUCCAACAAUUUGGCAAGAUUGAGGCCAUUGAAAUUAUGAAUGACCGCAAUACAGGGAGGAAGAGGGGCUUUGCUUUUGUAACUUUUGAUGAUCAUGAUGCAGUUGACAGAAUCGUCAUCCAGAAAUACCACACCGUUAAUGCCCACAACUGCGAAGUUAGAAAGGCUCUCCCGCGACAGGAUAUGCAAUCGUCAGGAAUGAGAGGAGGAUUUUCAGGUGGACGAAGUGGUGGUGGUGGCGGCGGUGGUGGCAGACCUUAUGAUUAUGACCGGGGCUUUAACCAGGGUAGCCGGGGUAGAUAUCAAGACAACCAUUAUAAUGGCAAUGGAAGAGAUGACUAUGGAGGUGGCCCCGGGGGAUAUAACAAUAGCGGAAACCGUGGUUAUAACCAGGGCUACAACCAGGGAGGUGGCGGUGGAAAUUAUGGUGGAAAUAGCUAUGACAGCAACGGUUACGGCAACUGUGGCGGAAGUGGUGGCAGUGGCAACUACAGCUUGGGUCACUAUGACUCCCAGUCCUCUAACUUUGGCCCAAUGAAGAGCAGCUUUGGUGGUGGUGGUGGUGGCGGCGGUGGUGGCAGGAACUAUGGAGGCUAUGGUGGAAGCUCGAACAGUGGCUACGGUCGUCAAGGGCGGUUUUGAAGUGACAUGUGGGCUGAGUACUUAGGAGAGGAAGUGACAGCAAGAGGAGAGGAAGUGACAGGGCAGCUGCAGGUUUACCUCCUAAAUCUGCUCAGCCAAACAUGUGACAGGUUACAGCUGCCGCAGGAGUCGUAUAAUAGACAAAAAAAGGGGGGGGGGGGGGUUGUUCAAAUGAAGCAAUUUUGUGUUUGAUUUUUUUUUUUUUCUUCCCUAAAGUCUGUGUCUGGAAAGCAAGCAUUCCAAUGAGGGGUUUUAUGUAGAUAUUUUUGUCCUUUUAUUCUCUGGUUUUAUUUGUAACUGCAUCCAAGUCGAGCUGAAAUAAACAAACUUUCAGUCUUUUUACAAACUUGUUAGCCUCCUUUAGUGGUUCUGAGAAGGGGGUGGGGGGUUAGAAUUGCUGCAUAGAGCUGAGCGCAAGAGAACAAUCUGUGUGCUAUGAGCAUCCAUGCAGUAGACUUCGACUGGUUGAGGGAUGACAGGGGCCGUACAAAUGGGUUGGAUGCAGUGAGUGCAGACUACGCCAGAGUGCUGCACAGAUCAUCUGGAGGAUGCUAGCUUACAUGCAGUCUUUGAGGCUAGCCAUGGAAGCCAGCUGAGGGAGAGAAGUAGCAAUCAUCGCCAGGAUCAUUGAAGCAGGGGAGAGUGAGAACAGAACCUGAGUCUAGCAGGCAGCAGCUACCAAAGGCUUAAAUGCAGCCUGUAGGUAAGACCAGCCCUCUCAACUACUGAUGCUAGCACACCUUGCUUUGAAAAUGUAGUCAUGGUAGUAGGAUGUCUGUCCCAGACUAAUGAUUAAACUGUUCUCGCCCCAGUUCUAAGUUGGUAAAUGGGUUUCUUUAUCUUGUUCCACAAUACAUUUGCAUGCUGGGAAUUAAUUGAAAUGCAAUUGUGAUGAGAUUGGUUAUUGAAUUAUGAUUUUAUUUCAGGUGACAUUCAACUGUGUAUGCGCUAUCAGGGGACUGACGUCAUAUAAUUGGCAGUGGAUCUAACAGGUAUAACUAAUGCACAGAAAUCGAAUGUAUAUUGGCUAACACACUGAUGUUUCUUCCCUGUUAAAAUUGAUUGUGGGCCUGAUUCAAAUCCCUGGAAGCAAAAGUUAACUCUGCCUUUUUUCCCCCUCCCUUGCAGGUUUCUGGAAAAACUUAUUUAUUCUUUUUUAAUACCCAGAAAAGUUUAUUUUUCUCUUGUUUUUAAAAUAAAGUUUAUUUUUAUAA